AUGUGCAAAUUCUUGGGCCAACACCAGGGCACAGGAAAGGACGACCGCUCUCCAGACGAGCAAAAGGUAGAGGACAACAACCCCAAAGACGCUCCAAGGAAUUCGCAAACAAAAUCCAAGAACGGUGCUCCAGAGAAUACCCAAAAGGAUGCUCCGAAGGAUGCUCCAACGCAUUCCACAAAGAAUGCCGCGAAAGUAGUCCCUAAGGAUUCUCUCGCGCAAUCCCCGAAUCGUGCUCCUAAGAAUUUGCACAAGGAUUUUCAUAAGGACGCCCAAAAUAUUACCCCCAAGGACUCCCAUAAGGAUGGCGAGGUGGAUGUCCCCAAGAAUAUCAACCAGGAUGGUGAAAGAACGGCUGACAAAGACAACCACAGAGAUGUCCCUCAUGAAGACUACGACUACGCAGUCACUACCACCAAGGGCACACAUCACGCUUCCAGAAGCCGCCCAGCUAGUGCGGACAUAUUGAGGGAGAUCAUACGUCGCCAGCUGGCAGAUGAGGGAUACGUACCCACCACAGCCUUUCCGGGGAAUCAACCAAGACUCCCUGCACCGGGGCAAGCGCAGCAGUUGUACGCUCCACUGGAUUCAUCCAGCGUCGUUCCGGCUGGUCCAUCCCGCUUUCCGGAUUACUACGGCAUGAGCACGGCACCUCCGUCCGCGCGCAACAUGGGCUUCGGGAACUGCAGCUGCCACCCUGCCUGUACCUGUCAACAGCCAUGUUCGUGCGAGCCUUCGCCUUGCCCUUGCAAGGGACCGAGCGUGAGCAGUAUUCACGGCGCCGGUUCAGGGACCAUAAUCUCCUCGGUGAUGCCCAUCCCGGUUCCUUAUCCCAUGCCUGGCUACGAUGGCGGUGCCGGUGGUUCUGGCAACAUCGCCAACGCAGGAUCCAAUCAGCCGAUUAUCAUCAACCCGUAUCCACCCUCCACGAGUUCGGCGCCGUCCCAGCCUACGGCUCCAGCCAAUCCCGCCCCCAUCACCGUUCAUGACAUCGUUUCCCUGAUGACGUCGCACAUGAUGAAGAACUUCCGUGACGACCUUCUGAGACGAUGGGGUUUGCCGGUUCCCGAUGAAGCGACCAGCGCUGCUGCUGCCUCGCCAGUAGCCGUGCCAGGCCCAUCACUUCAGGCUCCUCCAGCGCCAACCAUGGCGCUGCCGUACACAAUGCAGCAGCCCACUUCCUUCGUCCCGUUUGUCGGACCGACGCCGCCGUACCCCACCCAACUGCUGCCCCGUGUGGCCAACGAAUCACGGGCUCCCUCAGCACCAGCUUCACGGCGCCGACAUCACACUGCGGCAACCACGCACAAGCACGCGGCGUCAGCACGGCAGAACACGAUAGCCCCUAUUGACGAUUUGGAGCUGAGUGACAGCCAGGAAACCCAAGAAAUGUCAAUGGCGACUGGAAGCAAAGCGCCAAGCAAGGGACCACGUGGGAAAGGUGGCAGGCGCGGCCGGAGGUAG